AUGGGUUCGCUGGUGCAGGAUCGUGUGGCGCUUCUCCGACAUGGAGAGCCAAUGGCGCGGUCCGUCCAGGAGCAGAGCUACGGUAUCACCGCCACACUCCCUGCGCCUCUGCCUGUUUACGCACACACCCCGUCCACAUGGCCUCGCCUCCCCUCCGAUUGGCCGCCGACCUCCGGCCGGCCGCCGCGCGCCCAAUCGCCGCCCUGUCCACGCGCCGCCCGGGCGGCCGCCAUUGGACGCGGCGCCGCGAUCACGCCAACGGCCCGCGCGGCCCGCAGCCAAUGGGGAGGGGAGCGGGGCGGCGCCCUCGCCCCCCUCAACGGUCUCAACGGACUUCGCUCCCCAGUCGCCGCCGGGACGGGCCGGCCGAGGGGGGCGAUGGCGGCGGCCGGGGCGGCCGCGUCGCCGCCUCCGGCGCUGGCCUUGGCCCUGCUGGAGCCGGCGGGCGGCGCGUACGGCGGGGGCGAGGCGGUGUCCGGGCGGGUGUCGCUGGAGCUGGCGGCGCCGCUGCCCGUGCGCGCCCUCCGCCUCGACGCCGCCGGCCGCGCCAGGGCCGCUUGGGGCGAGGGCGCCGACGCCGACGCCCGGCGGGAGGCCGAAGUGACCUACCUGGACGUCCGGCAGGAGCUGCUCGGGCGAGGCGGUGAGGAGGGCUUAAUCCUGUUAGAAGCUGGAAAACACGAGUUCCCUUUCAGCUUUCAACUCCCCCAGCAGCCCCUGGCGACCUCUUUCAUGGGAAAGUAUGGCAGCAUUCAGUACUGCGUGACGGCCACCCUGGAAAGGCCGGUGGCCCCCAAUCAGACUGUACAGAGAGAGUUCCAGGUUAUCAACCACAUUGAUGUCAAUUCGCCAGCUUUACUGACCCCUGUAGUACGAAGCCAAGAGAAGAUGGUCGGCUGCUGGUUUUUUACUUCUGGCCCGGUGUCUCUGAGUGCCAAAAUCGAGAGGAAGGGGUACUGUAAUGGUGAAGCUAUACCCAUUUAUGCCGAAAUUGAGAACUGUUCCUCCCGUUUAAUUGUUCCGAAAGCUGCCAUUUUCCAAACACAGACGUACUUGGCAAGCGGAAAAACAAAGACUUUCCGUCAGAUGGUGGCCAACGUACGAGGAAAUCAUGUCGCCUCCGGGAGUACCGAUACCUGGAACGGGAAAACAUUGAAGAUUCCACCCGUCACUCCUUCUAUCCUCGACUGCUGUAUUAUCAGAGUUGAAUAUUCCUUAGCUGUGUACAUUCAUAUUCCUGGUGCUAAGAAGCUGAUGCUCGAGCUGCCGCUGGUGAUCGGCACAAUCCCCUGCACAGCGUUUUCCAGCAGAAACUCCAGCCUCGCUAGCCAGUUCGGGAUGGACAUGAGCUGGCUGGCACUGACCAUGCCGGAACAUCCAGAAGCACCACCUAAUUAUGCUGAUGUUGUAUCGGAGGAAGAGUUCUCGAGGCAUGUCCCAGCAUACCCUCAGCCAAUUGACUGUGAAGAACAGCUGUGUUGUCCAAUGUUUGCCUACAUACAGGAGUUCCGGUUCCAGCCCCCUCCUCUAUAUUCAGAGGUCGAUCCACAUCCUGUAGAAGACCGUCAGCCGGUUUCGUUCAUGGUUUAAUGAGAAUUUGGGGGCAGUGGCGUCUUAA